UAUAUAUAUCCCAAAAACACAGUAAAAUUUUAUCCUUUAGCAUACAAUCUAAACAAAUACAAAUACCCAUUUCCUGAAUCGGAUCCACAACCGCUCCGCCAUUGCUAGAAUAUACGAUACGGGAUUGAUCAAAUAUUUGCCAGAGAAAGAUCCUGGCUCUUUACGCUUUUAAUAUAUGGGCUGAAGUGCACUUUUCAUGGGAGGUAUAGAGGAUGAUGAACCACUGUCAAAACGUGUGAAAGUUUUGUCAGGAGAAUCGGUAGGUCUUUCCAACGGUUUAUCUCUUAACGAGGGUAGUUUCUCAUUGAGGGACUCAAUGGCUCGGCUGUUAUCAUCUCAAGGGGAUAAUGAGGCCAUUGGUUCAAAAGGUGUCAUAAAGAAAGUUGAACUUGUUCGAAUUAUAACCGAGGCAUUGUAUUCUCUUGGCAAUUCCGAGACAGGGGCUCGCCUAGAGGAGGAGUCGGGAAUUCCGUUGCACACCCCUGUAGUAGAUAUGUUUAUGCGUCAGACUCUAGAAGGUCAAUGGGAUAAAAGUGUUUCAAUGUUACAUAAAAUUGGUCUAGAUGAAACAAUGAUUAAGUCGGCAUCUUUUAUAAUACUGGAGCAGAAAUUCCUUGAACUUUUGGAGGGAGAAAAAGUCAUGGAUGCUUUGAAGACUCUGAGGACCGAGAUUAUUCCUCUUUCGAUAAAUGACGAGAGAGUUCGAGUUCUGUCUUCAUAUAUUAUAUCUCCCUCGAAGAAUUUAUUUGAUGUAUCUCACGGUAAAGAGUCGAUAUUCAGGUCUCGUAAAAAGUUGCUGGAGGAAUUGCAAAAGUUGCUUCCUCCAACUGUGAUGAUUCCAGAAGAAAGGUUGGUGCAUCUUGUUGAACAGGCGGUUCUCUUGCAAAAGGAUGCCUGUAAGUUUCACAAUUCCUCGGUUGGAAAAUUGUCACUGCUCGCCGAUCACAAGUGUGGAGGAGGUGAUAUUCCUUCUCAUACGUUGCAGAUACUUGAAGAACACAAUGAUGAAGUCUGGUUCUUGCAAUUUUCACACAAUGGGAAAUACUUGGCAUCAUCAUCUGGUGAUUGCCUUGUGAUUAUAUGGGAGGUCAUGGCUGAUGGCCAAGUUUCUUUAAAACAUAAAUUAUCCGGUCACCAAAAACCCGUCUCCUAUAUUUCAUGGAGCCCCGAUAACGAUCAACUUCUAACAUGUGGAGUAGAGGAGGCAAUUAAACGAUGGGAUAUUGCCUCCGGUGAAUGCUUACAUACAUACGAAAAAAGAGGUCUCGGUCUUGUCUCUUGCACGUGGGCCCCGGAUGGUAAGAGCAUAUUCUCUGGCGUUUCCGAUAAAAGCAUCAGCAUGUGGGAUCUCGAAGGUAAAGAGUUAAAAUGUUGGAGAGGGCAGAAAACUACUAUGAUUGCAGAUAUAGGUAUGACUGCAGAUGGGAAAGAGCUUGUAACAGUUUGUAAAGAAACCGUCAUACUGUUGUUUGGAUGGGAAACGGAAUCCGAGAAAACUAUUGUGGAGGAUCAUCCGAUAAUUUCGUUUGCGCUUUCGGAAGACAAGAAGUUUUUGCUCGUUAGCUUAUUGAAUGGAGAACUUCACGUUUGGAACAUAGAUGGCUGCACUAGGCUGGUAGCUAAGUACAAAGGUCACAAACGCACUCGGUUUGUUGUGAGGUCUUGUUUUGGUGGAUUGGAGCAAGCGUUUAUCGCCAGUGGAAGUGAAGACUCACAGGUUUAUAUAUGGCACAGGCUAUCGAAGGAGCUGAUAUUGACUCUAGCCGGACAUACUGCAGCUGUGAACUGCGUUAGCUGGAAUCCCGCGAAUCCGUAUAUGCUGGCUUCUGCAAGUGACGACCGUACGAUACGUAUUUGGGGAUUAAAUCAGGUAAAUAUGAACGGCAGUCGGGGGCAGAAUAGUCAUAACAAUAAUAAUAAUAAUAAUGGUGUCAACUACUGCAAUGGGGGAGGAGGGACUUGAAGCUGGAAGGAAAAUGCUCAAUUCUUUUUAGCCUUUUGCUUUUAUGUAAAUUCUUUUUAACUUUUAUUAUGGUAAUAAUCCAACAUUUGUUUGGAGCUCUAGGAUUAUGGAUUUUAAUUCACUUUGAUGAUAUUAUUCUCUACUUUCUUUUUUUCUUUAAUAUAUUAGUAUUUUCGGUUUUUUUUUU